UGGCGCCACCACAUUUCCAGCAGCACAUUUAUUAAUAAUGCAACGAACGUGAGUCAUUUAUUAGUGUUUGAGUUUGCAACGAUAAAAAAUAAAGAGGGCGCCCCGCUAUCCAGAAUUUUCGAUAAUCUAGCAACCACAUGUCACUCGUCACUCGUGAUCAACGGUUGCCCAAAACCCCCUUCUAACCUAAAACUGGUCGAAAACACAUGUGUUACCCCGUCUAGACAGACCCCAUUGUUGGUAAAUCUUAUGGAGGCUUCAGCGCCCCCUUCCCCCAGCAAGACCAAGUGCCUCGACUGCAACUUCUCCACCUCGUGGGACUUCGCCCUACGUCACCACGCCUCCGAAGCCCACGAGAAACCCUCAAUCACUUUCGACUGCUCCUCGAAAAUCCAGACUUUCAAAUGCGACGACUGCUACUACGAAACCAACUACAAACUAGCUUUAACCCAACACAAAAAAGACUGGGAGGAGGUCAUCGACAUUUUAAGCGACGAUGAAGACACGCCGCUGUCGAAACUCAUCCAAGAAAAGAAGUACAAAUGUAAGAAAUGCGACGACUUUCGCACCCUAUCGAAGCUAGUCUUACUCAAGCACCUGAAGGAGUGCGUCAAGGACCCGCGGAGCGAGAAGUGGUACGAGUGUGAUCAGUGUACUUACAAGGGGAAGUACAAGAGGAAUUUGCGCUUACACAAGUACAACAUGCACGCGCCCCCGGAGUUGAUCACGUGGCACCGCUGCCAAUAUUGUCUUUUUAAGACCAAACACAAGGGGAAUUUGAAACAACACGUGAUCAGUUUGCACACGGAAAUCGACGAGGUGGAGUGGUUUGAAUGUGAGCAGUGCUCGUACAAGACCAAGAUCAACGCGCAUUUGAAGCGCCACUUUUAUAUUAACCAUGCGGCGCUCCACCAGAUUCAGUGGUUCGAAUGUGCGCAUUGCCCGUAUAAAGCCAUGCGGAAGUACUUGUUGGUGCUGCACAUGCGGAACAGACACACGAAGAUGGAGGAGAUCGUGUGGUUCAAAUGUGAGCAUUGCUCGUACCGAGCCAAGCAGAAAAUUAAUCUGGAUAGGCACGUGUUGAGUAAGCACGUGGAUCCGGAGGAUUUAGAGUGGUUUAUAUGUGCGCAUUGUCCGUAUAGAGCUCACAAGAAAGAAUUGUUGACUUUGCAUCUAAGGAAUCGGCACACUCAAGCAGAGGAUAUUUUUUGGUUUGAGUGUAAGCUUUGUGAUUAUAAGGCGAAGAGGAGCACCCACUUGAAGGCUCACGUGAUUAAUAAACACACGGACUUGGAGGAUAUCAACUGGUACGAAUGUGACUAUUGUCCAUACAGGGCGAAGCAGAAGUAUAAUUUGAACCAGCACAGGAAGGGGGUGCACGGGUUGCCGUGAUCGUGUCUUAAGUCAACGUGAUUUUAGCGGAAAGUGGAAAAAAUGUGGCUGUGUCAGUACUUUUUUACAAUUGGUAGUUUAGUUUUGUUCAUAUGUAAAAUAAUUUGUAAAAAAGUAGAGCAGCGUAUUUAUUUUUGUUUUUAAAUGAUUAAUAAAGUGAUAAACUUACCGACUAA